UGGGAUCUCUGAAUUUUCACAUAAAAGCAGACCUUGAGGUCUUUCUCUUCAAUUUCAUUUCUAUUGUCAAGUUUUUCUUCCCCUUUUAUUUCAUAUAUAUAUUCUAUAUAACUACCCCCAAGUCUUAAACAUUUUGAAAAUGGAUAUGACUAACGCAAGACAACGAGAUGCUUGGGUGAUGCAAAAGCCUUAUGCACGUACUUUGGACCAUCUAUCAAGCCGUCACGAUAUCGGAUCUCCUCCAUAUAGUCGAGGAACCAGCAGUAGCGGUAGCAGCAUUGAUGGCUCCCUCCCUUCCCCGGUUCUCGACGAAUUGGAACUGCCAUCGUCGAACCAGCCUCAUUAUGCUUUCAUGAGCAAACAUCAGCCCCCUUACUUUGAAGUCCCUAUGUCUGCAGAUGGCCCUACUUGGCGUACGGCUAGUUAUGCACCGAACGAAAUGGCGUAUGACGUGUAUUCUAUGCCGUCCGAGUACACUACACCACAACAGCAUUACGAAGCAAAUCAAUUCCGUUGGGCUGAUUACCCUCGAUACCCUCGAUACCAACCAUACUGCUCUACCAAUGUCUAUCAUCAUCCCAUGCAACUCCCCAUGCCAUCACCCACUCAUUCCAUUACAAGCGCAUCCUCUGCCGAUUCUUACAAAAAGCCAAGCAAAACAUCUAUGCCAGGAGCUGACUUCAUGACAAGUUUCAGUGCAAAGAUUGAAAAGCCUGCUAUGGGAACUCCCAAGAGAUACAAGUGUGAAUUGUGUGCUAAGCGAUUCACGCGACCAAGCUCCCUGGCUACUCAUAAGCGAAGCCACACUGGCGAGGGAUGUGGUCGUAGCUUUUCUGUGGUCAGCAACUUGAAACGCCAUAACAAGACUCAUAUGUGAAGUCAUCUUUAUUUGAGUUUAGAUCUUUUCUUCAUACGCGCCGCCCCUCUCAUUUCAUUCUUAAAUCGUUGUUCACUUGUACUUACUUCUUGUGUGUUAUCUCCUUCGAAAAACUUGUCAUUCAAAAUUCCUGUACACAGUUUUGCCUCAUUGUCAUAUUUCUUUCUCCUUACUUGUUUUACUUUGUUGGUUAUUUUUUAUUACCAUCAUCUCUGAUAUGCUGAAGAUUCUAAUUUGCUUGCGAGUAGAAUCCCAAUCUAUCUGAGCAUGGUAGUGCAUCACACCCUUUUUUUUGACAUAUAAAUGGCAUGUUCCAUUAAUUUCGUGCGAGUGAGGG